AUGGAUUCAACAUCACUUAGCAACCUUCACAUUGUAUGCAUCCCUUUCAUGGCACCAGGUCACAUUCUUCCUAUGGUGGACAUGGCCAAAUUAUUAGCUAAACAUAAUGUGAAAGUAACAAUAAUCACUACACCCCUCAAUGCAAUCCAAUACAAAACUAGCAUCAAUAAAGAGAUUGAAUCAGGUUCACCAAUCCAACUUCUAGAAGUUAAAUUUCCAAAUGUCGAGGCCGGAAUUCCAGAAGGAUGUGAAAGCUUAGAAACACUUCCUUCAAUGGAUCUCAAAGAAAAUUUCUUAAUAGCUGUUAAUCUUUUGCAGCAUCCAAUAGAAGAGCUUUUUGAAAAGCUAAAACCAUUUCCAAGUUGCAUCAUAUCUGAUAAGCAUAUUCCAUCAUUAGCUGAUACAUCUAUCAAGUUCAAAAUUCCAAGAAUAAUAUUUGAUGGUAUGAAUUGUUUGAACCUAUUAUGCAAUCAUAAUAUUCAUGUUUCUAAGGUUUAUGAAACUCUCUCUGAUUCUGAUAAUUUUGUUAUCCCUGGAUUGCCACAUAGAAUUGAAAUGAAAAAAUCUCAACUUCCCGCGAUAUUCAAGCCUGGUCUGAACGAAAUAUUGAAUGGCUUACGUCGAAGAAUAAGAGAUGCGGAAGUUGAAGCUUAUGGAAUAGUAGUGAAUAGUUUUGAAGAAUUGGAAGAUGGUUAUGUUGAAGAGUAUCAACGCAUUACCGGACAUAAGGUAUGGUGUGUCGGUCCUGUUUCGUUAACAAAUAAAAAUGAUCAAGAAAAAUCUCAACGAGGUAGUAAAAAUUUAAUCAAUGCAAAUGAAUAUGUUAAGUGGCUUGAUUCAUGGCCUAAAAAUUCUGUAAUUUAUGUUUGUCUUGGUAGCCUUAAUCGCGUGACUCCGAAACAAUUGAUAGAAAUUGGUUUAGGAUUAGAAGCUACUAAUAGACCAUUCAUUUGGGUGGUGAGAAAAGCAUAUAAAUGGGAUGAAGUAGAAAAAUGGCUAUUAGAAGAUGGAUUUGAAGAGAGGGUAAAAGGGAGAGGAAUUUUGAUUAGAGGUUGGGCACCACAAGUUUUGAUAUUGUCGCAUAAUGCAAUAGGAGCAUUUUUGACGCAUUGUGGAUGGAAUUCAACAUUGGAAGCUAUUUGUGCCGGUGUACCAUUGGUAACAUUUCCGAUGUUUUCAGAUCAAUUUUAUAACGAGAAGUUGGUUGUGCAAGUGAUUGAGAUUGGCGUGAGGAUCGGUGUUGAAAAUUCGGUGCAUUUUGGAGAUGAAGAUGAGGUUGGUGAUGGUGUUCAAGUGAGUAGGGAGAAUGUUAAAGAGGCUAUAGAGAAGGUGAUGGGUGAAGGUGAAGGGAAAAAUGAGAGGAGAGAAAGAGCUAGAAAAUAUGCUGAUAUGGGAAUGAAAGCAAUUGAAGAAGGUGGAUCUUCUUACAUUAACAUGUUGAAGUUAAUCAAAGAUAUCAUGCAUUUCAAAUCAAAUGUCUAA